UUUAUCACUCUCACCAGUCGCCAGUGUCAUCACUCACGUCGCACGUCACAAGUCACGAGAAAAAAAAGAUGUAGUCUAACAUUUCAUUUAACCGCAAACUGUACUGCAGAGGAUUUGAUCACUAAUUAUUUGACAGUCGAUUAAGUUGACAUAAUUAUAGGAUUUGAAUUUAAAACGCGAGAAAAAUAAAAAAGUACAUGUGAUAUUCGAAAUAUUCAAUAUUCAAUAAUGUCUCUGGUUGUGAGAAAUGUUUCUAGGCUGUUGGUUCAAGCUGUGCAAGGAUCAGCUAGUCGCAGCAUACAUAGUAGUGUAUGCAAUGCAGGUGUGGAGACGGGAAUCCCUGACCGCCCCGAUGCAAGAACAAGCUGUACUUUGAUACCUGGUGAUGGAGUUGGGCCCGAACUCGUUUAUUCUGUGCAGGAAGUAUUCAAGGCGGCGGGAGUCCCAGUGGAUUUUGACACUCACUUCUUCUCCGAGGUGAAUCCCACCCUUAGCUCACCAUUAGAAGUAGUCGCCAAAUCAAUUUCCAAGAACAGAGUAUGCCUCAAGGGGAUCCUAACUUCGCCUGACUACAGUCAUACCGGAGAACUACAAACUCUCAAUAUGAAAUUGAGAACCGCUCUAGAUUUGUAUGCCAACGUUGUUCACGUCAAAUCUUUGCCGGGCAUUAAGUGCCGGCACAGCAACAUUGAUUGUGUCAUCAUUCGUGAACAGACGGAAGGAGAAUAUUCUGCACUGGAACAUGAAGGUGUUAAGGGUGUCGUCGAGUGUUUGAAAAUUGUGACGGCAAAGAAAUCUCAAAGAAUCGCUAAAUUCGCCUUUGACUAUGCAACAAAAAAUAACAGGAAGAAAGUUACAGCCGUUCAUAAAGCUAAUAUUAUGAAGCUCGGCGAUGGACUAUUUUUGAGAAGCUGUGAGGAGAUGGCUAAACUCUACCCAAAAAUUGAAUUCGAAAAAAUGAUUGUUGACAAUUGCACUAUGCAAAUGGUAUCCAAACCUCAACAAUUUGAUGUUAUGGUAACUCCAAAUCUUUAUGGUAAUAUUGUAGAUAAUUUGGCUUCUGGAUUAGUUGGAGGUGCCGGAGUUGUUGCUGGAGCUUCUUACUCUGCCGACUGUGUAGUAUUCGAACCGGUAGGUAUAUAA